AUGCAGCCAUCAAAGAAAGCUUUGCAGGACAAAAUUUCUUUGAACAAUAUUAUGUGGACAAAAACUCACCUAAAGCACAGUACUCAAACUAAAUCGACAAAUCCAGAAGAAGCAUCAUCUGUGAUUACCGCAGAUAAUGGGUAUUACAAUCCCAAUGGUGACUCUUUCCUGUCUGGUGAUGUGGUCAUUGACCAAUCUGGACGUAUGAUCCGUGCUGAUGAAGUGACCAUUGAUAAAACACAAACUUUCGCCAAAGCGAAAGGCAAUGUACAAAUGGCGCAAGGUGGUAUCAUCGCGCAAAGUGAUCAGAUUGAUUACAACCUGAAAGAUGAAACUGAAAAAAUAGAAAGAACCUCACCAACCAAUAUCAUCCUUGAAAAUGCAACCUAUACCACCUGCCCACCUGAUGAAAAACCCACUUGGAAAAUUCAGGCCAAUAAAAUUGAAUUGGAUCAAGAUACUGGUCGUGGUGUAACGCGCGGUACUAAACUUUAUGUUAAGGAUGUGCCUGUACUCGCAGUUCCAUACUUUAACUUCCCGAUCGAUGACCGCCGUACAACCGGGAUUUUAAGCCCGAGUUUCGGCUUUACCAAUGAUGGCGGUUUUGAACUCGCAGUUCCUGUUUAUUUAAAUUUAGCACCUAAUUAUGAUGCCACCAUUACACCACGACUGAUUACUGACCGUGGUCUUAUGGCUCAAGGUGAAUUUCGCUACUUAACUGAGAACUUUGGUGCUGGUAGCGUCUGGGGAAGUUACUUACCCUCUGACCGCGACUAUAAUGAUGAAGAUCGUAAAGACCUCCAUUUCCUACACAAGUGGGAUAUCACCAAACAGUGGUCAACCAAUUUAGAAUAUAACUAUGUUUCUGAUAAAGACUUCUUCUCAGAUCUAGAUAGCAAUCCAAAUUCCCGCACAGAGCUUAACCAACGCCGCGCUUGGGAACUUAACUACAAUCACGGUAUUCCUGGGUUAAAAGCUCAGCUUAAAGUUGAAGACUUUCAAACACUUGAUAAAACCAUCAAAGAUGUAGAUAAGCCAUAUGCCCGCCUACCACAGUUUUUACUGAACUAUGUCGCUGGAAAUCCGCAAGCAAUUUUAAAAAGUGAUUUAGACCAAGGUGUUGCUGAAGCGACACAUCGACUUCAGGCACAAAAGAAAGAAAUCCCACCACAAAACAUUCUGCAACAGCAAGUACUGAGUCAGCUCAUCACCCAUGAUGCACAGCUUGAACAAGUCAAGCUGCUGUUGGUAGUCAAGUCCAUGUACUACAUAUGCGUAUUUCAGGAGAAGCGCCUGCAAAAAAGAAAUUUAGCACAGCCCAAGUUAAAGUCGAUGGUGCUGAUAUGGGCUUCCGUCCGCUUUCAGAUAUUCCAACAGAUCUUGCUGCACGUGUUACGACUCUUGAGCCAGGACAAACCACUGACUUAA